UCUUAUCAAAAUGUUCAACAACACACAAAAUUAAUACAGGGCUGUAUUUUUUGUGUAUAUAUUUGAUAAUAGAGAGAUUAGAGGAGGAAAGGUUGAAGUGUGGGCGUGUGGGCGAGGAGCUCAAGCAGACGACGUUAUCAGCCAGGGUCUGGUGGAGGUGUUGUCGUUCUCAGCUGCUGCUGCUGCUGUGUUGUCGUCACCUGCUGAGUCGUCGUCAGCUGCUGCUGCUGAGUUGUCCUCAGCUGCUGUGUUGCUGAGCGAGGCCUUGUAUCUCAUGUCUCGUGUCUCCUGUCCAGCUGAGCCUCAGAUUUGAAAGAAAUAGUCAUCGGUCCACUUCACAAUUUACCGACAGUUCAGACGCUGGGUUGCUAUGACAGACCACACUGAAGACAAUGAUCCUUUCGAAGAGGAUAUUGUUUUCGAUGAAGCUGGCUUAUUGGGUGGAAAGAUGCCACGGUCUCGUCAGCAAUCCACAGUGGGAUUUUUACCAACAUUUAUGCUGUUUAUUAGGACAGUAUUCCUGUGUACGGCUUUUGUUGGAUUGGGUCUGUGCGUGUCUGUCAGCGGAGGACCUAUGAUAAAACUAGAAGUGGGCAUUGGGGUACCAACAGAGACAGCAUUUCACACCUUCACUGCUCGCUCAUUCGGAAUGCUGCUUGGAGGAAUUUUAGGGUCUUUACUGUUUGAGGUGUACAACCGUCAGUUCCUGAUAUUUGUGAGCCUCGUAUGGGUAGCUGUUUCAGUGACCGUGCUGCCAUUUACAGUACCAACAGCCCUCUGGUGGACGUUCACCACUACUGCUUCUUUAGGCAUGGGUCUCGGAUUCCUCUUUACAGGUGGCAAUGUGUUGUGUCUUGAUUUAUGGGGACGCCAAGGAGGAGCUUCUCUUCAGGCUCUGCAUUUUAGUUUUGCUGUUGGAGCUUUUAUAGUUCCUCUUGUCAUCCAGCCGUUCUUUGUUGGACUGCGCCAGAUGCAGCUCCAUAACCUGUCUGACAUGCAAGAUUUGGCCACCAUUGAUACAACAGAGAUGUCGAGGUUUAUUCGUGAGCUACAAGAUGGUGAAUCGACUGAAUAUAGGGGAGAAAAUUCUUCUGUCUUUGAUAUUCAGUCCCUUACUAGUGAGGAAGUACUGCAGCUUACACUACCCCAAGUGAAUAUAACCCAUGAAACCACUUUAUUGAACAAAACUGGGAAUUUGACUGGAACUACCACAUCCUUGAAUUAUGAUAGCGAGCCAUCCUCAUCCCUUGAGACAACACCAGCCAUAUCAAUAACAAUACCAGUUCCAAAUAUAACAUCUACUGUUAAAACAAAAAUGAAGCCCACUUACACAGAUGCAAAUAAACUAGAACCAGACACUGCUAAAGUUUGGAAGAAACCUGUAGCUAGUGAAACUAAAACCAAACCAAACAUUCCUGAUCCUGCAGAAAAGAAAAACCAGGCAGUAAAUGUAGCUAGCACUAGUUCACCAGAUAUUAAUCCUAUUAAAACAUCACAAGGGGAAGCAGGAGAAAUAACACCAGUACCAUUACUCAUCACUCAACACGUCAUGGGGACAGGAAGCCACGUACACAAUACAUCUCUCGACACUACAGUUGAAGGUGAUGUGGCUUCAGAACGAUUGAAAAUGAACCAGACUCGUAAUGCAUCUCUCACAGCAAUAGUAGAAGGUAACAUGUCUACUGAGAAUGUGUAUUUAUCGACUACUCUGCCUAUUAUUUCCAUAAAUGAGACUUCACAAAAUGCUACCUCUACCAUGACCACAACAAGGCCCCCAACUACAACCACCACAAAGCAAAUAGUGGUGACCACUACCAUUUCCCCAGUGACCAUAACUACCACCACACCACCUACUACAACCACUACAGUUACAUCUAGCACCACAGUUACAACAAAGAUUACAACCUCUCUUCCUAAACUUCUCAAUAUGAACACGUAUAAAAUAGAAUUCCCUGACAGUAUGGAAGAACACCAGAAGCUAUUAGAUACUGAUAUGACAGGCAACACAGAUUCCCGUAUGUUCGGUGAUUAUAAGGGUGAAGAAAACUAUUGGGGAAAUAUUAAAGAUGCUGAUGAUACAAAUGUCCCUGAACCUAAGGUGUUAGACCUAAGAGAACCAAGUAAAGAUGAAUUGGAAGAUUUAGAUCUUCAGGAUGCUAUCUCUGAUAAGCCAAGUGAUUCAGGUAUUUCAUCCCAAAAUCAUCUGUUGAAGCCUGGAACUUUCAGCAAUGGAAGUGAUGAAAAUAGUCAGUUUCUUGACAACAUGGCACAAAGGUUCAAAGAUUAUGGAGUAACUAAGGUUCAUUUAGCAUACAUAUGCAUUGGAAUUUUUAUCAUCCUUAAUGCUCUAAUCUCGGUUGUGAUUUUGUGUCAUAAUCCAAGAGAAACAAGGUCAAAACAAGAUGAUGGCAACAUGAGCAAGAUGCAGAGAGGUCGGGUCGUUGUGUUUGCUGUUAUCUUUUCAGUGUUUAUGUUUAUGGCUGAAGCUUUGCAAGGGGCUGUUCAUCAUUUAUUGGCAUCUUCCGCUACAGGUACUGGUCUUGAUAUUAUCCAGGAAACGAAGAUAGAUGGUCAGGUUCUCUUUUGGGGACUUGUUUGCCUUGUUCGAUUUCUUUGCAUAUUAGUAUCUGGUUGUUUGAGGUUAAAACCUGGCAAACUUCUUGUGAUUUCAGUUCUUUUAUCGUUUAUUGGAUCCAUAUUCUUAGCAAUAGGAUCUUUUGGCAAAGAAGAUUUCUUAUGGGGUGGAGUUAUAUUUUUGGCUAUUGGUUUGGCUCCAGUUUUACCAACAAGUUUGCUGUGGAUGGCUCAGUACAUGAGAGUAACUCACCGCAUGUGUGCCCUCAUGAUAAUAAUGACUUCAUUUGGAAAUUCACUUACACAUUCGCUUUUAACAAGGGUAGCAGGUAAUUCUCACGCAUAUGCUUACAUUCUUGUCACAAUUAGCUUUGUUUCGCUUUUCUUUCUGCUUUUAUCAAUGUGUAUUUUAUACACUGCCCAGCGCAGCAAAACCCUUGGUAUACCUGUUGGUUACCAGCUGGCUAGUCAGCACGAAGAGGAGGAUAGUAUUGAGCUGACUCCGUCUGGAAGUGCAGUUUUUACUCCUAAUGAUCCAAGGAUUCGAGAAAAUGGGGAGGCUGGCCAAUCUUUGCUAAUAGAUUAGUUGUAUUAUGAGUAGGUGCUGCUUCUCAUGUUGUAUGGUAAAAGUAUUGAUGUGAAAGAGUGUAUGUUAUUGAAUCUAGUCUUUAUUUUCAGAUAUAAUUUUUUAAAUUGACAGACGUGUGUUAACAAAUUUUUAUGUUGUAAUGUACUGUACACAAACUCGAAACCACAACACAAGAAUUAAUGUUUGAUAGGAAAUAUUUUUAAUACUGUAAUGCUGUAUAUUUAUAUUUAAGCCAUAGUAAUAAGAAAUAUUUCCUUUAAAAUAGCUUAAUUAUUCAUUAAUAAUAAACAAAGGAGAAUGUAAUUUCUUAAGGUGGUGAAGUAGGAAUUUGAAUCUUACAUUUGACUCACCAUCUCAUUACUGCAGAGUUAAUAGUAGUCCAAACUGCUUCAGCGGAUUCAGACGUUUGAUUUAGUUUCAAUGUUUUUAAAUUUAAAUAUUAAAAUUGUAGACAUUCAAAACUGAAAUAUUUUUUAAUACAUUAUUAAAAUAUUAAGGCAAAUGAAUAUUUAUUUUUAAUGAUACAAUAAAGAAAAUUCAAUGUCUGUUCCUUUUCUCAACCACACAAAUGCCCUCCACUGCCCAUAUAUGCCUUGAUGCACAGUGGUUAUCUUAAGGUUAUCUUGAGAUGAUUUCGGGGCUUUUUCUUUAGUGUCCCCGCGGCCCGGUCCUCGACCAGGCCUCCACCCCCAGGAAGCAGCCCGUGACAGCUGACUAACACCCAGGUACC